ACACAUAAAAGAAGAAGAACACGGAACAUCCGUGUUUUGUUUUCAAGCAAUUAUCCACGACGUUUUCGACCAGGCCGUCAUGCCGUCUAGUAAGAAUUUUAGGAGAAGAAGAGAUGAUUCAGACGAUGAAGAGGACGAGGAAACUGCUGCCGAAGUUAGAUCUAAACUGGAUGAAGCAAAAGAAGUACAGAGUCUACGGAAGAGACAAAACGGGGUCAGUGUUGUGGCAUUAUUAGUGGGAGAAAAACUGCCCUUUGAAGCCGAGACAGAGGAUGAUCCUUUCAAGAUGAAGACGGGAGGGAUUGUUGACAUGAAAAAAGUAAAGGAUAGAAACCGCGAUAUGACUGAGGAGGACACUGAUCUUAAUCUUGGAACAUCUUUCUCAGCGGAGACAAAUCGGCGAGAUGAAGAUGCAGACAUGAUGAAGUAUAUUGAGACAGAGCUAAAGAAAAAGAAAGGACUUGUGGAGGCAGAGGAGCAGAAAGUGAAAGUGAAGAAUGCAGAAGACCUGCUUUAUGAGCUUCCAGAAAACAUCAAUGUCUCCUCUGCCAAGAAGACAGAGGAAAUGUUAUCCAAUCAGAUGCUGAGUGGCAUUCCAGAGGUAGACCUGGGCAUUGAUGCCAAGAUAAAGAACAUCAUAUAUACAGAGGAAGCCAAAGCCAAGCUGCUUGCUGAGCAGAGAAACAAAAAGAAGGACAAUGGCACCUCAUUUGUACCGACCAACAUUGCAGUCAACUACGUUCAACACAACCGUUUCUAUCAUGAGGAUGUGAAUGCACCAGCAAGGCGACACCGCGAGGAGCCUAAGGCCCGGCCACUCCGUGUGGGUGACACUGAAAAACCAGAACCUGAGAGAACUCCUCCGAACCGCAAAAGGCCAGCCAAUGAGAAGGCCACCGAUGAUUACCACUAUGAGAAAUUUAAGAAGAUGAAUCGCCGAUACUGAAGUCAUUGGAUGUUUCCCCAAGAAAUCAUCUUUUUCCUGGUUUCCCAUUCUUUCAGUUUGUGUUGCUAGUGAAACCAAACAUGUUUCCUGUGUGAACUGUAUUUACUUUGAUGAUUUUCAUAACAUUUAUGCUAGUUGCUGAAUUUAUUAGGGAAUUUGAUAUUGGAACACCAUUCUGUUUUGUUUUUUUAAAUAAAUGUACGUAUUUUUAGAAAUUUA